AUGAGCGAAAAACAGCCAGCCGUGUCGGAGCUGUCCACAACAGUCCCUGAAGACAAAAGUGACCUUGAAGCGGGCCCCAAACGCACCGACACUCACAAGCCCUCUACCGGCGCCGAAGAAAACAAAGAUCCGACACUCGUUACGUGGAAUGGACACGACGACCCAGAGAAUCCCAAGAACUGGCCAAAAGGGUUGAAGUGGAAGAAUACUUGUGCAAUCUCACUGUUCGUCUUCAUAUCGCCCGUGUCGUCGUCGAUGAUCGCGCCCGCCCUGGAAGAUCUCGCCAAGUCCUUGGGUAUGAGCUCGGGUAUUGAAACCUACCUGUCCUUGAGUAUUUUCAUUCUUGCGUACGCUAUUGGCCCAAUUUUCUUUGGGCCCGCAUCGGAGCUCUACGGUCGAGUCCGGUUACUCCAAGUCAGCAAUGUGUGGUAUCUCGCAUGGAACCUGGGGUGUGGCUUCGCCACGACAAAGUCUCAGCUUUUCGCAUUCCGCUUUCUCGCUGGUAUUGGAGGUAGUGCACCUUUAGCAAUUGGUGGUGGAGCCAUCAGUGAUAUGUGGUCCGCGGAGGAACGUGGGAAGGCUAUGGGUGUCUACACUCUCGGACCACUUCUGGGACCUGUUGUCGGACCCAUCUCUGGAGGUUUCGUCGCAGAAUACUCGAAUUGGCGGUGGGUAUUUUGGGCCACGUCUGCUGCUGCCGUUGCCGUGCAGGCUGUUGGAUUCAUUUGGUUAAAAGAGUGUCAUUCCGGUACACUGCUGCGAAAGCGGCGCGAUUUCCUCGUCAAACAAACUGGAAACGAGGACCUCCAUACUGCAGACAAGGUUGAAACUCUGAGGUAUAAGCUUCUUCAUGCAUUUGAGCGACCAGUACGGAUGUUCACCACGCAACCUAUCGUCUUUUGUAUGGCACUCUACAUGGCCUAUCUCUUCGGUGUGGCAUACCUUCUGUUUGCCACCUUCCCCGAGAUAUGGACGGCUGUCUACCAUGAGAGCCCUGGCAUUGGUGGUCUCAACUCUCUGUCCAUUGCCAUCGGGUCUUUCGCUGGGCUGUUCUUCAAUCUGAAGCUCGUUGACCGCAUCUACAAGAGUCUGAAAGUUCGAAACAAUGAUGUCGGUAGACCCGAGUUUCGAAUGCCGUCGCUAGCCGUGGGCUCUGUCAUCAGCACGAUUGGGCUUUUCUGGUAUGGUUGGAGCAUUGGACACACUCAUUGGAUCAUGCCCAACCUUGGUGCACUGAUCUUCACAAUGGGUACAAUUUCUUGUCUUCAAGGGAUGCAGACGUACAUUGUCGACAGCUACCAGACCUAUGCCGCCAGUGCCAUGGCGGCAUGUGCUGUUCUACGAAGCUUUUGUGGGUUCGGCUUUCCACUGUUUGCACCGUACAUGUACAAGAGCCUUGAAUAUGGAUGGGGCACUAGCGUGCUUGCGUUUAUCACCAUGUUCUUCGGCUGGGGCUCCCCACUGUUCUUUUGGCGGUUCGGCCCCAAACUGCGCGAGAUGUCCAAAUAUUCCUCUGGAUGA